AUCUUAAAGAAUAAUAAUGGCAAAAUUAGUCAUCUUCUUCCUUGCCUCUGCCCUAUGUUUCACCACCCUCCUUCACUUCGCGGCCGCUGAUGCCGACGACUUCGACCGCUUCCACAUUAAGGGCUCCGUCUACUGUGACACCUGCCGUGUUCAAUUCAUGACCCGCCUCAGUAAAGUCCUCGAAGGGGCAAAGGUGAAGCUCGAGUGCAAGGGUCGUGAGAACCAGACAGUGACACUGACCAAAGAAGCUAUGACAGACAAAGACGGAAAUUACGAGAUGGAAGUUAUGGGAGACCACGAAGAGGAAGUGUGCGAGAUCAUCCUCGUCCAAUCACCAGACGCAGAGUGUGGCGAUGUGAACAAUCAAGAGUUCCUAAGAAACGCAGCCAGGAUCAGUCUCACGGCUAAUGAUGGCAUUGUCUCCAACGAGACUCGAACCAUUAACCCACUUGGGUUCAUGAGGAAGACUCCUCUCGCUGACUGUCCUCAAGCUUUCAAGGAGCUUGGAAUCGUCCCUGACGUCACCUUCUAAGCUUUAUAUAUUUAUUCUACCCAUAUAUAUCCCUCUCUCACCAUUUUAUUUUUGGCAACUCUUUCUGUUUCUUAUAUAAAGCAUUUUUUUUUACAUGUUGUGUUUGUGUUUACUUAACUAACGGUGUUUUCUUUUGUUUCGUUUCAUAUCUUGUGUUUGUGUUCCAGCAAUUUGUCUUUUGCUGUUUUACUCUUGGGUGUUCUUUUAUUUUCUAAAGAAUGAUCUGAUUACCUUCCAAAUUUGUAAGUCUAGGGAGUUUGUUUUAAGAAUGAGUAUACAUGAUGUGCAGAAAGCAAA